CUUGCGGUGAUACCUGGUCCCCCGAUUUCCCCUCCUUGCACGUGUAUUCGCGCCUCCUUCGCGACGCCAUUCCAAGACGGAACUUUCCAAUACCCGUGAACUAGCUCACGCGAUAACGUGUUUACCAAAGGGCUAUUGUCUACAAAAUACCCCGCCAACCUCCCCUCUUCUCCCCUCAUCCUCUUCCACUAUCACUGACCUCACAAUUCAUCUAAACAUCCAAAUCCGACAAUCUUGUCUCUCUCAUACCUCAAAGACACAUACUGCGUACUUGUUCACUACAUCCAACAUGUCCAUCGAUCACGUCGGCCUCUUCGUCCCCGCCUCAAUCUACAAGGAGACGGUAGACUGGUACCUCGCUGCCCUGGCCCCCCUCGGCUUCAAGAAGUUCGUCGAACCAAACGAGUACGCCUGCGGCCUCGGCGUGCAGCGGCCCGAUUUCUGGAUCGCCUGUCACCAGGUCGACAAGGCGAACAUCCCGCUCCACAUUGGCUUCAAGGCGGAUAACCGCAAAGUGAUUGACGAGUUUCAUAAGGCUGCUCUUAUGGCAGGAGGCAAGGAUAAUGGGGCGCCUGGGUUGCGGCCGCAGUAUCAUCCUGAUUACUAUGGCGCGUUUGUGAUUGAUCCAUCUGGGAACAAUGUCGAGGUUGUCUGCCACAUGCCGGAAGUGACAGAGUAAAAGAUCGAGGAUGAGGUACUUGGCGUUUGGUUUCACCGCGGAGUAUGGCUGGAAUGGUCCAUGGGAGUAUCGUUCGCGAUAAGAAGCUAGUUGUCGUUCAGCUUGCUGUAAUCUACUACUGAGCUUCGAAGAAAUAGUACAGUCGUUCUUCCUUCCAUGAGACUUGGCGGGUUACAUUAAGCCACAAGAGCUUGGAGAGGGC